GGUUACGACACCUCGCUGUACUUUCCGGCACGAGUUUCCCAAACGUUAGGUUGCUAGGUGUUUUAGCGUCCUUUCUGUGUACGGUUGCUACCUAAAAGCUGCAUGAGCAGCUAACAACAGUAUCACUGAAGCCCGAACCGUCCUGUCGAAAAUGGAUUAUUUAAGUUUGGGGUAAAGACUCUGACGGUGAUAUGGGCAGGUAAUCGGCAAAGAAAUGAUGUGAGGAUAAGGUGAGACUGAGAUUCAUCGAAACAUUAACUGACUAUUAGCCUGAAAACUGACGUGCUAGCCUGCUAUGUUUGCUAAAGUUGAUGUUGGCGAUAAAGUUCACACUUAAAGAUGACACGAUACCCAAAUAUAGACCUUUCAAAACGAAAAAUGUGUGUCCAAGCUGGGGUUUACAGCUAUAACAUAUCAGUUACACUUUGAGUGUUUGUGUUUUUUAGUCGGAAAUAGGGGAUAGUGGGGUAAGAUGAGGCAUUUUUCAUAUUCCAGAUUACUACAUCAAGGAAGUCAUAUUUUUGUCUCUAACUAGUGUAUCUGCAUAUAUUUCAAGAUGUUGUGCAUCCCUGCAAACCAACAGAAUGAGGGUAAACGUAACUGUCGUGAUAAUAUAGAAGGCAAAAAAAUGUGGUCUCCUAUGGUCAACUUACCUCGUGUAUGGGGUAAGUUGACCAUAGGAGCGGGGUAAGUUGAGCCGUAUCCCUACCCCCCCCCUCCCCCACCCCACACAGCCCUCCCUCACCUUCUCUCUCCCUAAAUAACAGUCACUUCUUCACAUUUUUUUCUUUAUUUUUAUCUAUUAUGCUCUAUUCAACUAAUUCUUUUUAUUAUUAUUGCUUAUAACUGCUCAAAAGCUGUUUUAUAAAAAGCUGUUAUACAUGAGAAUGCUUUUAAGUGAUUCAGAACAUUCACAGCUGUAUUUCUGAAAAGAAAAAGUGGCUCAUCUUACCCCUGAACUACUAUCAUGACUAAUUAAGUCCUCUAAACUAAAAUGGUGGACUUUUAUGGAGCCAGAUCAGGCUCAAAAGUAUUGAAAAACUAGUGUAAGUGAAAAAAUGAAAAGUGAAGUGAAAAAAUAAGAUUUGAACCUGAAAAAAGUAAAAUGGUACCUGAAAGUCUUGAAUUUCGAAAUUGAACUUUGAAAAAUCCCAGAAUGCAUGAUAAAAAUCUGUUCAAAUGUAACUUUGAUUCUGUUUUUUAAUACUUUUGAAUAAAUUACUUAUUUCUUUUUUUCACUUCAAUGUAUAUUUUGAUCUUUUAGUACUUUUUUUUUUCGAUUGAACUUUGUUUAUUUAUUUCAGAUUCAGAUCUUAUUUUUACGGAUUCAAAACUUUUUUUUCGGUUUCAGAUUUUUUUUUUUUCAGAUUCAGAUCUUUUUUCAGAUUCAACUUGAAAAGUUUCAGGUCGACUUUUGAGCCUGUUUUUCCGUGGGGGCGGGCCUCGACUGAGAGGGGCGCGGUCUGCCAUGAGUGACAGGCCUCCCCCUCCUUCCCCAUCCCAUCACCCUGCGUUCAGGAAGUGGCAUGAAUACACAUUAGCUUAGCCUACAAUUAGGCUGUAUUGGCUGAAUAAGAUCGUGUUGGUUCGUUCCACUUUAGGGUGCGAUAUAAACUGUGAUUCAUUAAAAAGCUCUAUUGAUAGUGAGUACUAAAAAAAAUAUAUCUACUCAUGUCAUCCUGUCGAUUUUUAGUAAUCAGUGUUUCGGUGUCGAACUAUUUCCCCUCUGCGGCGUAGUAAUACUUGCACACGCGCAAUCGAAUAUGCAGGGGGUGAAGCGAUUUUUGUCACGUGGACCAAUAGGAGCCGAGUCUCGUUGCCAUAGUAUCAGAAAUACACAAACAUGGCGACGACCGCAUCUCGCAGCGAGACAAGCGAAGAGGAAGAAAAGAAAAGGAACAAAAGAAAUCAGCCUUCAAAAGUGCAUAAAAAGGAGCGAAACGAUGUUAUAUGCAUCUAUCAUCUGUCCAGAGUGAAGACGUUCUCGACUUUAUAAGGACACGUCGGGAAACUUACAGAACUAGUAUUAGAAAGUGGCUUUCUCUACAGGGUGAGCCUGUCACUCAUGGCAGACCGCGCCCCUCUCAGUCGAGGCCCGCCCCCACGGAAAAACAGGCUCAAAAGUCAACCUGAAACUUUUCAAGUUGAAUCUGAAAAAAGAUCUGAAUCUGAAAAAAAAAAAUCUGAAACCGAAAAAAAAGUUUUGAAUCCGUAAAAAUAAGAUCUGAAUCUGAAAUAAAUAAAUAAAAUUCAAUCGAAAAAAAAAAAGUACUCAAAGAUCAAAAUAUACAUUGAAGUGAAAAAUAGAAAUAAGUAAUUUAUUCAAAAGUAUUAAAAAACAGAAUCAAAGUUACAUUUGAACAGAUUUUUUUCAUGCAUUCUGGGAUUUUUCAAAGUUCAAUUUCGAAAUUCAAGACUUUCAGGUACCAUUUUACUUUUUUCAGGUUCAAAUCUUAUUUUUUCACUUCACUUUUUAUUUUUUCACUUACACUAUUUUUUCAAUACUUUUGAGCCUGAUCUGGCUCCAUAGACUUUUAUGUUAGGUUUUUUACCUCAUGUUGUAGCUCACAGAUACCGCAAUUGAUGUAUAAAACAAAUUGAAAAUGAUCCUUUUUGGUCUGAACACAAUUCUAAUAAAACUGAUGACAGAAUAAAUUCACUUUCAAGAGGGAAAAAUGUUUUUUUUUUUUUUUGUUUUUUUAUUAAAUAAAUGUCUACCCCACUCUCCCCUGUAGAAAAGCCACACACUAUCAAAACCCCAGAGAAAACCCUGCUGCUUUGACUCAGUUUCAGAGUCUGGAAAAAGGCAAAACUGCCUUAUUUUAAAGUGCUUUACUAUUUCACUUCAUCCUUACAGGCCCAGCGCAAUGCUUCUGUGGAAACCAGACCUCCUUUGGUGUAAAUUUCAGUCAGAAGUGUGUUUCUAAGGUUUUGGACUCUCACAUGAGUUCCAGAGAGGCAUUGGGGAUGGGGGACGUCUUGGCAACAGAGGCUGAUCUUCUUGGGAUGAUAAAAGAGGUAAGAAAACCACAUUUUCAGUGCCUAUGCUGAGCAUUAUGCCCACUAAAUAGAGCACUUAUACAAGUCAAUCAAAACUGAAUAAAUGCUUUUUACCCCAAUAAGCCACGCUUUGUACAGCAUAAUAUUGUGAUGAUUUGUCUUUGAAUUACUUAAAAUACUGCACCAUUCUACUCUGAAGACAUGAUAUAAACACCAUUGCUUGUUUUGUGCCUUUUGUAGUUCCUCAAGUCUGAGGACUUUGAAGACACUGUUCACAGUUUUGACAAGGAAUGCAAAAGCAAAGGCAAGCUGGUUUCAAAGCCUCAGGGAAGUGCUCUCAGACACUCAAAGACUCUCAUCACCCAGGUAAAGGAUCAGUGACUCCAAACUGGUUGUUUCUUAUCUAGGUGUCAAAAAGUGAAAGAAGGCCAAAGGGUGGAAAGUGAAUGAAAUAUUUGCCUUUACAUGGCAGAUUAUUGCGAUUUAGUUUUUGCUGAUUAACAAAAAAGAAAAGACAGCACAGCCAAGAUAGUCAAACUUGCUUGUUUUUACAUAUAUUUUAUUUAGUUAGGCCAUUUUUUUAAAUUAUUUUUAAAUUCUGACUGAUAUCAAGUUAACACUUGCUGAUGUUUUAACAAUUUUUACUGUUUCAUUAAGGAAUAAAAUCAUAAAACAGCUAAAUAAGCGUCAAGUCCCAACCCCACUUCUUCCUUUCUGAAUCUUUCCAGAAGGACCUCCUAAGUUCUUUUGAUGAUGGAGACCACAAGGUUUUCUUUGAACUCUGGGCCGACAAUAUUCCUGCUGAAGUAAAAGACGCAGAUGCUGAGGCGCAGAGUCUGGAAUUCUACCUUCACAUCCACUUCACCACCUACCCACUGAGGAAGCACCCGAGCAGACGUGUAUGUGGAGAUUCAAUUUGUUCGUUAGGCUGUGUUGUCACUUUGUUUUUCUUAACAGAUUUUAACUGUUUUUUUUUCCUCGCAGUCAACAAAACUGAAGAGUCUCUGGGACUCUGUUGUAGCGAAUGUCAUUAUUAUGUGCUGUUACUCACUAUGUCCACUAAGCUGUGCCACAAGCUUUCUGCCACUGGGCCGUCUAGGUUGAUAAUGUUGCAGUACAGGAACGAUCAUGUUCUGGCUUCUGAGAUACAUAAGAAUCUGUUUCUAUGGAUGUUAAAUAAUUUCUAUAGGAAAUUUUUUAACUGAAAACUGUUAGGAACUUGGAUUAAAUCAGAGUCUCAAUUUGUCUUUAGGACCAAGCUGAGUUUGAGGAGAGGAUUUCCUUCUUCAAACAGUACCUGGAGACUCGGGGGGCAGCACUGAGCCAGACCACAAAGUUUCUGCCUUACUACGCCUUGCCUUUUGUUCCUAACCCAACCAUCCAUCCCUCCUUCAAAGACCUUUUCCAAGUGCUUUUCCACUUACUUAUGUGUUACCACCUAGUUAUUACAUGCUCAGCAUUGUUUCCAAACACCAUCUUUGUAGUAAAAAUAACCAAAUUUCUCCAACCUCCAUGAUGUAUAUUCAGGAAUCCUGGAUACCGCAGUUGAAGGAUAAGCUGGAGCAGUUUCUGUCAGUGACACUAAGGCCAUCCAACACCCCAAGGUUGCUGAGUUUAUACGUAUCCUUCAUUGUGGUUUACUUUUAGGACUGUACAACAAAAACUUGAAUUCACAAAUGUAUGGUUCUCAGUGACACCAAAUGAGCAGCAAAUACUAAAGUGAGUAGCCACAAAAGUCAUUCACAGUCAGAUAUGUGCCCAUAUUUGGUUAUUUCCAACAACCAUGUGCUGUGUGAUUUACUCUUAUACCUGGCUAUGGCUUGAUAUGAAAAGACCUAAUGUAGCAACAAAAGACAAGAUUUGUGUCUUUUACUUGAAACCCUUGUGAAAUUUGACCCACUCCUGCCAUAGACCAAUGUAUUAAAAAAAAAUCACUUUUCCAUGUACUGAUCAGAACAAAUGUGUCAUAUCCGUAAGUACAGUAUGUGAAACUUGAAGUCAGGAGUUAACAUGUUCUUCAAUUUGCAAACGCAAGUAUGGCUGACCUAAGAAAUUGUGCUUUUGGUUUUGUUUCCACUCUUAACAUGAAACUUAAGAAGUCAGUUCUCUGUACCUGUCCACCUGUUACCUCCCUACCUCAAUGAUUGACAGCCGAGUUUUCAAAGUCAUGCUUACUUACUACUCUUCAUCCCCGACAUACGGCUUUAUUUUUCCAAGCUAGGGCUGUAAAAACAGCUAUAUCCCGCCCUUCAGAAUACACUCAUACUGAUCCUAUAUCAACAUCAGAAUCUUUUCAUACAGUGAAUCCAAUCCUAAAAAAAUUGUUGCACUUAGUGAUAUACUCUCCUUAAACAGGAUGUAAAACAUAAUGUGUUUGUGUAUGUCCACAGCGAAACAAUGCCUCUUUGUGUGUUUAGCUUUGGUCAAUGAAAUAAUUACAGGUGAAAUGAUUGUCCGUGUGUUCAGGUCAUUGUUAGCAUUUAAUACCUUAACAGACAUCACACAGAAGGAGGGAGGAAGGAGUACUAAAGGUAAAUACCCUUUCAUUGAGUCAUAACUACAGAUGAUAACUGCAGAUGGCCGAUACAACAUUUAGUGGGAAUCAGCCCCAGCUACUCAGGGACUUUUUUUGUCAUAAAUUCUGGAAAGACACAACCAUGUGGAACAUAUCCAUUAAAUCCAAAUAUCACAUGGAGUAUGAACAUUGUGUUCACACGCUAAAUCAUUACAAUCAGAUUGUAUACAAAAAGAACUUGAGUAAGGUUAAUCAUUAUUUAAGACACCCUUAAAGAUGUAACUAACAAGGAGUGAUGUCCAGAUUUGAUGUGAUUUUUUUAGUCAUACACAUGUGAGAAUGUGCCUCAUGCUGUCUUUGUUUGUGUGUCUUCUUUGUUAUAUUAUAGAAGCCAUACAACAGUUACAGCUACAGCUGGUCGAAUCAGACCAGCGCAUCGCCAGUUAUCUGCGGAAGUAUAACAAGAUGAAGGCCGACUAUCGCAACCUGAUCGGAAUCACUGCUGAUCUGGUAGACUCAUUGGAAGCCACUGUCAGCGGGAAAAUGGCAAGUCAGCUUGAUUGGGGGGCAAACAAACACACUCACACUCACAAACACACACAUAUGCUACAAUCACAGACUACAAAGACGGGCUUAUGCUAGACGCAGCAAAAGAGAAACAUGCGCAACACAAAUGAGCAGGUGUGUGGUAACAUUAGUGAGUAACUAAGUUAAUAGUUGUGUGUAAAUAUUGAAAAUAACAGCCUACUUUCUUUCUGCACACAUUGUAGUUUUAAUAUAGAUGACUGUGCAUAUGUUUAACAUGCACAUAGAUGCCCUUUGAUAUAAGAUGACAUGGCUAUUAAUCAGGGACACAAAUACACACCCUCUCCCCAUGCACCGUAUUUUAAAGCUCAAGGGGCCUGCUGUGUUUUUUUGCAGAUCUCCCCUGAGUACCUGCAGAAUGUGUGUGUCCGCCUGUUCAGCAGCCAGAUGAGGCAGAACGUGGUGCAGAGCACUGACUUCACGCGGCCUGGCACUGUGAGUGAGAGCACACACAUUACUCUCCUUUUUUUCCCCUGUACUCCUCUCAGGUAUAUGGACGUCACAACUCAAGAUGCUACUCCAAGAUGACAAUACAAUAGCCUACGGCAAGACAAGCUUAGCAAAUGUAACACAGUGGUUGAUAAGGCGCCACUGUCUUUGACUCACAUGUUUGCAAAGGAAAUGCUCUCAAUGCCUUACGUCAAAAGUUUUUGACUGUACAUCAUGCAAAGUCAACUUAGUGUUUGGAAAGGAUUCUGAACUAGGAGGGUCUAUUUACUGUUUAAUUUGCCUUAAUUCUGCCCAUCCCUUACACUGAGCAGUGACUUUAAACUAUGCACCCACCCUUCAGUUUGUAUCCUGGAAAGAAGUUAACUGGAUCCUGGUCCUGUAGUUAUAAGCGGAGAGAUUAAUUAGAUGCAAAAUACACAUGCCACAAUUCAGAUUUCAAGGCAGGAACAGUUUCAGUCGCCUGUCAAGAUCACAUAAGAAAGCAAAUGUCAAUCAACCACCUUCUCAUCAUUUAAACAAGAUAUAGAGUCAGACUGGCCUCCUGAAAUUAUUGCAGAUCAAAGGAUCUGGUAAAGAUAUCCUUGAAUCAAACAUCAGACAAUAUAUCUUAAAUAUCUAGUUGUUAUUACACAUAAAGCAAAACUGUAGACUAGAGGGUCUUAUAAAGUUCAGAACACUUAAACACCAUGAAUCAUGCUUGCUGUCAGUGGCUUCCAUCGUGCUGUUAAACUCUGCUUCUUGUAAUCUGAUUUCUUCCAUUUUGUACUGAAAAACUUCUCUCUGUGUGUCUGUGUGUUUGUGUGUGUGAUGCUCUUUUCUACAAAGGGAUAUUACUCUAUGAGUCCCUAUGAUGAUGGCUAUGUAAGUUUCAUUCGUUUUCAUCUUUACUUCCUGUCAUCGCUCAGGUCCCCACUCCUCAUCUUGCUUGUGCCUUGCCACCACGACUUCUCCUGCCCCUCUUCACCCUUUCCUUGUCAUGAUGUCUGCCUCCCCCCUCCCUAACUACCAAUAUACAAUCCUCAACCUCCCUUUGUUCUCUUCCUUUACUCCCUUUAUAUUCUUGUGGUUUCUAUUGGAUUGUCAUAGUUUAAAAAGGAAUUUUGGCCUCGUUUGUUGUAUGAAUGACCUCUUUUGUGAGGCCACUUGUUAAACCAAACAAGAGCGUCUCUUUCAGGGCGUACCUCAUCAUUAAAUUUGUAAGUUCUCAAAGGCCACGGCCAUUGUUCCCUCCUCUCAGCCCUCCUUAUUGACUGUCAGUCUUCUUUUUUUGAGGUAAACUCUGCCCGUUUCAGUUUUCUCCUCUCACCGUUUGUUUAACGCUCCAGUUUUGGAAGGAAUUUAAACAGACAAUGCAAUGGCACAAGAAUGGCCAACACAAGGCGCACACACUCUCACGCUCAGGUUGUUAAAUGGGGAAGGUCAAAUUACAUUUGUCCAAAAAAGAGGUAGCCAGAGUACUUUGAGUAAGUGACGGUCCUGAAUUAUACAAAAGCAGACACUUAAGUUAGAAAUAUGAUUUAAGUGAGGCCCUUUAACUGUCGUAUGGGCGAGAAGUGCAAAUGAGAAAACGUGAAAACAGUCUGGAGCAGAAUCAAACAGACUGGGAUUCAUCUUCACCCGUGGUAACUUUGUGCAAAUUCUUACCACAGCUGUAACAGAGAGCAAACAGACUGUAUUUGUUUUCACAUAAACAAGCAACUAUUGUGCCUACCACUACAUAGAUCCAAAGUCAACCCUACUAAAGUGAUUUUUUUUUGCUGCUCCACUCUGAGUAAGCUUGCUGCAGGGGGAAAACCUAUAUGAAAGAGCUGUCUACUUAGACAAAAACCUGCACAAUAGACGUCCCUGUCUUGUCCCUACGGCCAUAAAAGACUAAACGGUGAGAGGACACAAUAAAAAGGUGAGGAGUAAAGACAUAGCUUAUGUAAACUCUGCAUUGUCAGUGAAUUCAGGUCAAACCUUUGUUGAGGUGACCGACCAAAAUCUGCCAGAUAACUCCUUCUGUUUGACCCCACUCUUUGUACAUCAAUGGGUGAGGGGCUUUCCUGUUACUAGAGGGAAGGAGUCCCUUCCAGGGUCCAGGCACUUCAGUGUCAAAUGUCUCAGGGAAACAUGUCUCUUUGCCCUUCAGCAUUCUUUGGGCUAACUGAAAUGUUUAGACUGAGAGGAAUUUGGGAAUGAAUCCAGGUAUCAGUGUUCUCCUUUACUUCCGUUUUACCUACUACUCCUCAAAGCAAAAAUGCACCCAGACCACCUGAUAGCUCAGACGACACGGAUCACUCCCCUGACCUUACACUGCUCCUGCUGCAGGCCUAACUUCCCGAGCUUUAGAUUGGAUUUCAGGCCUCAAAAGCCCUUCUCAGUAGCAGAAAACCCCCCACAAAUAAUUAGAUCUCUCGUCCUCUGUCUACACAUCCACACCAACAAGACAAUUAUUGAUCAUUUUAUGCAAAAGCUUGGGCUCCUUCGUCUCUAUCGAACAAAAUGAAGAACAUCCACACAGAGAGUUACACAUGAAGGGAUGGCUGUUCCAUACUAACCUCUCCUCCCUGGUACUGGUAUUUUACUGACUGCAUGGGCAAUGUUGCCAAACAAUGCUGUAAAGUAUGACUGGGGACUCAGCAUGUACCAACAUGCAUGAUGUACGCAUGCCUAAAAAAACCACUAAUAACUUUUUUGAGACUGUAGCUGACUUGUUGAGGUGGGGGAUUAGUCUGGGCAAGUAGAGGGAUCGGAUUGUAAAGAUAAUGAAAGAAUAAAGAGCUGCAUGUUAUCUCAGCGGCACGCUGCGGGGUUGUCACUUUGACACCAAACCAACAGAUUCUAAGAUACACUCUAUUCCUCUGCCCUUCUCUUCCAGGCCUCCUCGAUGCUGAGAGCAUCUAUUGCACCAACGUAAGUCUUCAAAUCAAAGUCAUUCUUGCUAAUCUGUACAGUUUGAUAAGAUGGCUGACAUGCUUUUUUCAUCUCCAGGAGAUCCAAGGAGGUUCCUAUGCUGCCUUCACUGGACUAUGAAAAACUGAAGAAAGACCUUUGUGAAGGUCCAGACAGGCUCAGGUCUCUUCUACUGCAGGCACUGCGCUGGGUAAGUUUUGAUAGUCAUUUUAUUUCACGUCAUGUCAGCUUUGCAUGUUCGCUUUUUGCCUUGACUGGAGUGUCAUUUUUUCAUGUUUAUCAGAGACUGACUCGCUCGCUCCCUGGUGAACAAAGGGACACGGUGCUGCAGGCCUAUAUCAGUAAUGAUCUUUUGGAGCGCUACAGUACAAAACAGGUGAGACCAGCACAUCAUGUUCUUAAUUUAACUCCAUUGUGGUGUAAUUUAACACUAUCCAUCAGUCACAGAUAGCACGGUUAUCUCAAAUCAACUCUUUAUUUGAGCUAGCAUGACUUGACCUUUUCCCCCCAACAGAUAUCUAAAGAAAUCGUCAAUGCUACAUCCAAAAAUAGCUUCUUUUUUGUUUUUUGCCUCACUGCCAAUUGACUUCUCGGUUGUUCAUUUCCAGAAGGCUUGAGCUGGCAUAUCGAGCGUACACAGCUUUUCAUUCUCUUACCUUCCAUUAACUUAGUGACGUAGGAUUUCUGAGGUCAACUCUUUUUUUCUGUGAUGUUUUUUUUUUUUUAUAACACCUUUCUUUCUUUCCUGUCCUUCCCCUGUCUUUUAUUGAUGUCAAAAAGACCUUUCUGUUAUAGCUUCUUAAGAAUGAUUAGCAGUUGUUCAAAGGUUACACUGAGAUAAUCAAUCAUGAAAUUACUUUUAUAUCAGUUUCCCUUAGGUGUUGUCAUGCCAUCAUCACGCCUUGAGAAGAGCGGUAUGGUUAUUUAUCCGGGUAAUAUGAAGCGAGAGUUGCUUUAACUGCCUCUAGAAUGACUUUCCUGAUAAUAUUAUCCAGACGAUAAAUCCUUUCUUACUCCGGAUUUCCCACGUUAACAUCAAAGUGCACCGUUUUAAAUUUGUUUUUAAUAUAAUGCCAGUGUAAUCUGAUUUGUCACAUGUUCCCAGCCAUAGAUUGACUAUUAUUUGCUUGAGCAAUUUCCUUUUUUUGUUUAACAAAAGCUAAGACCAUGAAGUGCAGAUUAUAUUCCACAUUGCCCCCUCAGUGAAAAGGCUUUCAGAGGCCUUAGCAGGCACAUGUUUUUCUAACAUCCCUAUUGUUGUUUUUUUCUUGUCACAUUGCAUGUCACUUGCCUCUGGCCAUAGGGCACCAUGUUAAAGACAACACCUUUACAGAAGCGGUAUAUGAUCCUGACCUCACACCAGAGCUCUUUGUCUUCACACUUAGCAUGGCGCUUUGAGCCACAUUUCUAUAAAAUCUCUGUGAGGAGCCACUAUAACAGUGGCAGCGUGUCAAUUUCAUUAUCAGAUCACAACAUGAAAGUUCUGUGUUAAAUGUGGCUAGAAGCACAUGACUGUGGGCAACAGGAGGUCAUUUAAGGAAAGGAAGAGACCCUGAAAAAUACAAAACUUUUCAGAGAAUAUAUCAUUUAAUUUACAUUGAACUGCUCAUUUGGGAGCUUUUUCCAUACCUUUUAUUGAGAGAUAGGGCGAGGGGUUCGAGUUGGAAACAGAGAGAGCAGAGCCUGGGCCUUCAUACACGCGGCGAGUGAUUUUAGCUAAUCCAGCAUCACAGAUUUAUCUUUUAAAACAAACUUUUACUUUCUGCUUUACAGAACAGUGUACUGCACUUAUUGAGGUCCGAGAGCGAGGUCGUCCGCCAGUACAUGGCUCGUCUCAUCAAUGCAUUUUCUUCCCUUGCAGAGGGUAAGUGCUUAACUGUCAUAAAGAGGUUCGGCUCAUCAUUUCCUUGUUGUUUUAUAGGAUGCAUUAGGAGACAUGGUUUCAUACCGGGACUCAGCGGUUUUCAUGAUUCCGAUUUCACCGCUAACGAUCAUCUACAUGACUGUGACAGUAACCGUGGAAGACAGUUUGUAAAGAAAAGGGAACUUCUACUAUGUUGUGUGGUUAUUUUGUGAGAUUGUUGACUUUCAAAUAAAAGGGACAAUUUUAAAGUGUAGUUCAACUGAGAUUUUAAAAUGCUUUUCAAUCAAAGUGGGACAAGGGGAAUACAUUCAGUCAUCAUCAUUGUAGCUGUACUGCUCUAAAUUAAGCGUAUUUUUUCUUCUUGCUGUUUGAUAUUAAUGCCUUUGUUUAUGUCUAUGUUAACAGGACGUGUUUACCUCUCCCAAAUCCCCAUUCUUCUCAAACUUCUGACAGAAGCUCUUCGGACCGAGGAAAAAGAAUCUCUGGCUAGAGAGAAUGUUCUUGUGGCCCUACAGAAACUUAGCCUCAGGUACACUUGACUGUAAGCUUUGCUUGUCUGUGAAGGGUAGCCAGUCACCAGCUGAUCACAAAUAAAUGAAAGAUAAAGCCACGUUAACAUGAACAAUGGCCUGACUAGUUUACCCAAAGAAACAGAUUAUUAAAUGAUGUGUAAAAAGAAUCCAUCCAAAAAUCUCCAAUCUUUUUCAUUUGGAGCAGCUACUUAAAAGAUUUGCUCAUAGAGGAAUGUGAUUAGAUGUCAUGAAUCAUGUACUUUCAGAACUCUUUUAUAAAUAAAUUAUAUAAUAAAAAUAAUAAUCUUUUAUAUAAUAAAUAAAUAAGAAAAGAUUCCAGUCCUGUUGUCACUACAUUUCCUGUCGAAGGUGGUGUAAAUCUUUCAUCUAAAAUCAUAUUUCCUCAGGAGGAGCCAGCAGACUGCCAUAAUAGCUGAUGAUCUGAUCAGCUGGCUUGUGGAUGAGCUGCAGGACUCAGACUGCCUGAGUGACAACACCCUGGAGUACGCUGCAGCUCUGCUUAUGAACCUUUGCCUGCGAACAAAGGGUAAAGGCAACGGUUGAAUGGAUACGGAACAGAGACUCAGAUGCAGAGUAUUUUAGUUGUAGACAGAAGCAUUGAAGAUAAUCUCUCUGAACGUUUCAGCUUUGGGUAUAAGAUGAACAUAUUUUGGCAAUUUAGCAAAGAAUUAAGUUGGAAAGUUCUCUUAUGCAUUUUGAUUUACUGUUUUGCAUUUCAAUGUGGGCGAAACUCAUUAAAGAUGUCCUCAGAUUCACCCCAAUCUUUAUCUAACUGCUUGUGAAGUUACAUGGAAAGGAUUUUUCUGAGUGCUUCCGAGAAAAGUAAGCAGAAGAAUCUUCAUUUAUUUAAGUACUAGAAGUCAGAAUAUAUAAACCAUAUUUGUCUGAAAGUUGCAGAGAGUUUUGUUGUGACUCUGGCGCCUGGAUAAUUAUAUAAAGAGCAAAAUAAUGUCUGUUAUACUUUUAUAUAUCUGCACUUUCCUUUUUACUAAGUGAAAUGUCCUUUUACAUUUUAUCUCGAAUGGAUCUUUUUUCAUGUCACCCUCACUUAACUGCCGCACACCAUGAACAAAAACAGUGCUUUGAUUCUUUUUUUCCUAUCUCCCCCAGGGCCUGGUUUUUCCAGGCUGCUGCAGUAAAAUAAUGCAGCAUGUUUGAUUGAUAAUAGGUCUCAUUCUCCUGCACAAUAAAAAAGAUUUAAAAAAUGAGAUAAUAAAAGAAACAAAGACCAGAGUAAAAACAGUCACUGCUUAAUAAAACAAAAAUAUCGAGCAGAGAAAAAUUCCGGGUUGUAGGAAGACAAACAUGUUGUUCUAAAACUGUCUGUUGUUGUGUGCCUACCAGUGUGUUUACUGGCUGUCUGUCUUUCUGCAGGAAAAAGGAAGUGUGCAGAGAACGCCAAGCAUGUGCUUAAGGUUCUGACUGACCUCCUCGGACAUGAGAACCAUGAGGUGAUUUACUCAUCCAUCACCACUUGCACACAGACAUAACAUACAUAAUGCAUGUAACCCCUGUGAAGAACACAGUCAGUGAGGUUGUAAAUCAUGGAAACGGUGUACACAUAACAUAUUAGAGCAUCGUAAAGGUUCAUACUUUCACUUUCUAAGAGGAAUGGUGAGAAACAAAAGGAGGAAACUCACUGCACUGACACCAAAAACUUAAACUGAGGCUAAAAAUGAGGAUCAGUAAUUCAAUCUCUGCUACCCAAAGAUCUGUUUUAGUGAAUCGUGAGUACUUCUCCAACCAUUCCAGGCACAUCUACUGUAGGCUUGCUGUAAAAAUUAUGAUGCCCUCCAGCAUGUUGGCAGCCUUGAUAGAAAUAAGCUACGUCUUCAGGCAAGUCUAUAAAACAUUAACAGCAACAGCUUCACUCAAAUUUAUAAAAGGUUGUCGAGCAACUUUGGUGAGCAGCUAACUCUUGUUUUGAGAACGUUGUCGUCUCAUCACUUUUUUAUAGUUUUCACAAAUAAACGAACUGCUUGUCUUAGAAAUACCUGCCUCAAGUGCAUUCCUCUCUCAUUCCAUCAUUUUUUUUCCCACAGCUGCACGCUCAUGCAAAUUCAGUGCCGAGAUCUUAAAAAUAUGGCGUCUGUGUGUGUCUGACUGCGUCACUUUGCUUCUCUCAGAUUCGUCCGUAUGUGAAUGGAGCCCUGUACAGUAUCCUGUGUAUUCCCUCUGUCCGACAGGAAGCCAAAGAGAUGGUGAGAUAGCAGAAAUGUCCUCACCUGCUAAGAGGAAACAGACACUGUUUGUGUUGUCGCUGUGCAUUUGUCUCCCUGUGUCACCACACGUGCAGCGUUAGAGGGGAAACGGCAGGUGUUCACUGUCAUAUGACACAGUCACUGUACGCAGUGCUUCAUACAAACAUGCAAUUGCUCUUAAUGUUGUGAAAUGUGAAGCCAUAGGGGAUUACGGAUGGGGCUUGAUGUCACUCCUCAAACUAAUAACAUGUUUUGAUCGGGGCUUCAUCAUCACUAUUUGAUGUUGACACAAAUAAGCCGCAUGACAUGUGUUUUUUUUUCCGUGUUUGUAGAGUGUAGAGGAGAUCCUCUGCUGCUACAGCAAGGAGGAGAAUCCUGACCUCAACAGACAGAUAGAGUUCAUCAUUAAACAGCUGAACUCAGGUCAGUUAAGUCGAAGUCAUACUCACAAAGGUUGUGUUUACUCUCUGAAUUUUGUAUGCAUACAGGAUUUACUGAGUGUGUGUAUCCAUAGCUUCAGACUGCUGUUAUUGCAAACCUUUAAAAACUAAACGUUUAAAGUUUAAAGGAAAUUAAAUUUUUAAUCACUGCUAAAUAUUUUGAGAUAUUUUAAGAAUAUUUAAUCAUGUCUAUUGAACUUCAUAUACCAAAAUGAAGUAGUAAGUGACACCUAUUUCUUCUGUUGUUUUUGUAAAUUUACCGUCUUGUUUCAUUCUCCUGCUGGGGCUGUGUUCCUCAAAGCUGAAGAAGAGGGGCCAGAGUCUGAUGAUGAAGAGGAAGAGGAUGACAAUGAUGUGAGUAUUUGCUUGACUCCUUGUCUUCCACCAUCUUUAUAUGCAACCAUCUAGAUCAUAUUUUAAUACAACUACAUAGAAACAUGACCUGAAGGAAAGUCAAAAACCAAAAAUGAAGAACGGAGGUGAAAUGAGGUUGAAAGAAGGGGGGUCAGAAAUAAACACCUCCACCACCUUUUUGACGCCCACCGAAACUUGGAGAUGGCAAUCUCAGUGUGACAUAGAUAUUGGGUGUCUCCCACUGUGUGUCCGUGCAUGUGUGUGUAAAGGGGUGAUGGGUUUGGUGGAUUGGAUUCUGUGGGAAAGUGGGUUAUCAAGAUAAGGUUAAGUAAGAUUGGCUGGAGGUGUGAGUGUGUGUGUGUGUGUGUGUGUGUGUGUGUGUGUGUGUGUGUGUGUGUGUGUGUGUGUGUGUGUGUGUGUGUGUGUGUGUGUGAGUGUGUGUGUGUGAAUGCGUGUGUGUGGAUGUCCCCUUAUUCAUCCUGUGGUCAGAUAAGAAUUCCUGAGCAUGAAUGCCCUUAUAAUAUUACCUCUGAUCUGAGAUGAGAUGUUUAUGUAGUUGCUAUUCAAAUACCAUGGCUACAGGGGCGAACUGAUGUACUGCACGUCGACUACACUGGUCUCAUGUUGGUGCUGCGUGACUUUUGUUUUGGCGUCACCACUAUUUGCAACAGAAACAAAUGAUAAGGUCACCUUGCCAGCAUUCCCGUAAAGCUACUGCCAAUCCUGUUGCCAUCUGUGCAUCAAACGUGACAUUUGGAAAAAUUUGGAACAAACUUCCCUUUCUUCUAAUUUACAUUAUUUCCCCAAACUGUCAUCUCCCUGGAUACUGGUUUGCAUCUUUUUUUUUCUGUCAUCUGAUUUACUGCAAUUGUCUCAUCACAGGAGGAUUUAAUGGAGGCAGACCUGGACGUAGAGGAGGUUCUUCAACCCCAGCCCAGGGAACUUUGUGGGGAAAGCCUGCUCACAACAGAAUACCUGGGCGUAAGGGAAAAAAAACACACAUAUACUCUGUUCUCUCCACCACGUGCACAACACAGUAAACACCCAAAGGAAAUUAUGCCAGCAACAAGAGGAACCAAUUAUGUUUUAUGCCCAGCUUGCAUGCCAUGUUUAUAUAAAACAAGUUCAGUAAUAGCGUAGCACUUGAAGAAGCUGUUUGGAUGAGUGUCUAAAACGUUGAUAUCCGCAGACAGACAAAAGCGGAGGAGGCAAAAUGUUCCAAAUUAAUAUAGACAAUCAGAAAAAAACUGUAUUGUCUUAUGUCAAUGUGUUUGUGUGGUUGUGCAGAUUAUGACCAACAUGGCGAAAGGAAAGAGGAAGACUACCCCUCAGCAACAGUCAAGCGUUGAUGAACCCCUGCAGCGGCCGGUCACCCCAAGUUCUCAUCGUAAUGCCACUACAGUGUAAGUCGACUUGAUUCUUGCUCGGGUGCUGUAGCUGCUCACUAUCUAUAGAAGAGAACCAUCAGGGGACACUACAUUUAAAUACAUACUUUUUUUAGGUCUGGCCUCUCUCUUGAGACGGAUCAGUUUACAACAGCAGAGGUGGCUCAUAGUAGGUUUUUGACAAUGUCCUGUCCCUUCAAAAACUAGAGCAGUAGGUCAGAGAAAGAAAAGGUUUGGAAAGUCGUUAAUCAAAUCACGGCCGAUUUGUUCGUGUGAAUGAGUCAGCAACAUACUGGAAUUGAAUCCAUGUAGUACUGAAUGGCAGAUCACUGUCAAUGCAAACUGUAAGCUACAGAGUAUUAUUUUAGAGUAAUGGAUAUCACAGCCACAAGGGAUCAGUGUGCCUAACAUGCCAUGUCCCCAGAGUUAAAGAGCAUCAGAUCACAGCUAGUAAUUGAUACACUGGUUUUGUAAUGUGAAACAAAUUUAUGUCUAUAUUGUACGACAUGUUAGGAUAUAAAACUAAGUUAACUUUGUGCCACCAUGAAAACAAAGAGAUUCUGAUCCAGUUUGAAGGUGGGGGGGUGGAAUGAUUUUCUUAACCAAUGCGAAUUUUCCAUUUUGACGUUCGUGCUAGGCCUGAGCGGUAUUGUUUGUUUCAUGUGCAGGGAUUAUCACUCCAGCAGUCAGGGGGGUGAGGGAGGAAGCCUCCCACCCUCCCGACACAACUCAAGACCUCCCACACGCUCUGGCAGUCGCCCCAGCACGGCGGACUCCCUGCGACACAGCAUCGGUGGGUCACUAUUCCUAAACACGAAAUCAGAAUUCAGAAAGUAUACGACGCACCCCGACAAUUUAACAAAGCUGCGGCUGUUGAUCAGAUGUUUGUGAGUCAGAUCACUCACACUUGAGAGCCUUUGAGUGCACUGGGCUGCAUAUUUGUGGGACACUUUCAUUUCCCUUCCACCUGCUGGUCGUUAUUCAGUUUAUAUAGGACGUUUUUGAUGCGAUGCCCAAUGUUUACAAGUCAAAGAAACUCCUGAUGCUCCCUCAGAGAGUAUCAGAAUAAAAACUUGAUAUUAACUUACAAGGCCUUUUGUAAAUUCUACAGUACAUUAUUUGUGGUCACGUUGAACUCAUAUAGUUUAAUUUUCAAUAGUUUUCACUGAAAAGCCAGAUAUUUUGGUUGAAUUUUCAGAGAGCUGUACUGAACGUCCUCCUCUUUGUUCCACUCAAACACACACACACACACACAGACUCUGAAUGUGGCCGGUUGUCCCAGGAGUCGGACUUGGACGUGUCUUAUGAAGGGCGAGCCAGAAAAGAACGCUCCCAGGAGAAACACAAUGGACACUCAUCCAGGUAAACUAGCACACAUAUACUAACCGCUUGCACACACACACACACACACACACACACACACACACACACACACACACACACACACACACCAGAGGAAUAAUCUUUGUGCUUUCAUUAAUACCGCUGAAAUUUGAAAACAUGGUGAGAGAUUUGCAAUGAUAAUCUAAGUUGUUUAUCUUGGUUGGGCUGCAACUCACCAUUAUUUUCACUGGUGAUGAGUUUGAUUAUUUUCUCAAUUAAUUGAAUGUUUUGUCCUUUAGAUUUCAGAAAUGACUAAAGGGUUAUGGCCAGUUUUUCUCAAAGCCCAAGAUGGCGUCUUCAGCCUAAAGAUAGAAACAGUGUGAAGGAGUAAAGAAAUGAUUUACUUCCAAGAAAAAUAAAAGAAAAUAAAAACUGAACUCAAUGGAAGUACUCAAACAGCAGCAAAAUGCUUAAAUUUGCAUGGCAAAUGGAGUGACUGCAGUAAUAGCAAGUCAAAAAGGGCUCCAUCACUUCUGAGGAAGAGGAAACUUGAUAGCUGAAAGUUAUCAUACACUGGUCGUUUACUCAGAAUUUUCAUUUCAAUGUGAGCGAGUAAAGCCGAAAACAUACAGGAUCCGUAUCGAGCUCGUUCCAUGGAGCAGCAUUGGGUAUCACAUACAGGAUGCGUAUUUGGAGCGUAGCAGCAGCGUAGUGCAGCCUCAGUCAGCUGGGCUCAGUAUAGAGGAAACAACAUGCUCACAACAGGUUGUUUUGCCUUUCUGUGGUCUAUUUCCUGCUAAUUUGGAUAUGAUUCAGUGACCGUUGGGCCUCUACUAAAUAUAAAAAAGCAACAUGAUUUUACAGUUUUGGUUUUUGCAGGUUUACUCGUUUUUAAUCAAGUAAACUAUGUUCCUUUAUGCUAUGUUGUUACCUUUAGACAGAGUUAGCAGUUAAAAGUCCUGUUGGGGUCCACAUGGAUCAGGGAUUGACCAUCGGAUUGUUCUGUGUUACUCAUAAAUAACUAUAACCAGAAGUAUUUCUCAUCUACACAAACUGAGUCUUCGUGCUGCUCUCGAUACAAUGCUGCGACGGUGCUGAUACGCGUCCUGUACGCUUUGCUGUAUUGAUUAGAAUAACAACCUGUUUGCUGUGUGAUACGCGACGCUGCUGCCACACUCCAAAUACGCAUCCUGUAUGUUUUAGCCUUAAGAGAACAAGCCAAUAAAUUAUUAAAAGGUCAAAGUCUGCAUAAAACAAAUUUCAAGCACUCCUCACACAGCUGUAUAUUUGCCCCUUCUGCUGCCCGACAAUGUGACUUCACAAUAAGCACAAGAUGAAGUCUGACAACAACAAAACACGACAAAAGUGCAGUGAUGCAACAAGAGAAUCAGCCAAAUCGCACAAAAGGUUCUGAACCGGGGUAAGGUGAUGGUGACAAUGAAAAUGAAAAGAGCGAGUCAGCUGAGGUAAAACCCUGAGAUGCAUGUCCCUGUAUCUGUUUGUCUGCGGAGAGAGUUGGCAGAGGUAUUUUCGGCACACCAACGGGUGACUCAGCACAGCCAAGCUGGUCUGUGAGACUGUGACAUGGGUUUAAACGAGCAGCACCCACAAAGAGACCCAUUCAAUCCAAGCUCCCCUGCUUCUCCUCUCCUUUAAAUCCCAGAGGAACUUGACUCCAGAAUCCCGCCAAGAGUAAUGAGUCCCAGGAAACUGCUUCAGUUUUCCCUCCUGCCUCCCCCCAAGGAACGUAAAACACCUUCAAAAUACAGACUUCAGCAUCUUGAGCCAGUUUGGAGACUUUUACAGUGAAAUGGAGAUUAUGAGCCCAGACUCGAAGGUGAAAAGAAUCUUAACAACACAGAAACCCCAAAUCAAGAGAUUUCCAUUUCUGCCUUUGCUCUCGGGUUAAUUGGCGAGCUUGUAUCGCUUUGUAACAUUCGUUUAAACCUGAUGAUAUCAGGGAUGCUGGAGCCAAAGCGACUCCUGUGAGUAGAAACAAGAAUGAGUCGACAGAAAUCAAUCCAUCUAUUAUGGUAUAGAAUUGCUUCACAGGAUGUUCACAGGAUGUGGGUCAUUUGGCUCCUGGCUGAUAAGGACAUUAGCAGAGUUCGGCCCUUCGCUGUUUCUGACCGGAGGCAGAGGAGUUAUUUAUUCAUUACGAUCCUGUUUCUCAGACUCCCAGGGCCAGGUCACAGACGAUCUGUUGUGUUGUUUUUAUCUUUUGCGGCACAACACAAGCUUUCUCUACAAUGUACCAUUUAAACCGAUCUAAUCUCCAAUGAUGGAGGCAGCUUGUCCUCGUACAUAUUUAUCAUGUUACACUGAUGUACAUAAUACAGUUAUCACAGCAGACUUUGAAAGAGCUGUACCUCUUUAGCUGAUCUGUGAUAACUCAGAGUAGCUUGAUCCAAAUGUGAAAUCACGCGAUAAUAGCAAGUAGCAACAGACGGUGAAACAGAGCCUAUCAGUUUAAAUGUUUAUUUUCAUUGGACGUGUUUAGAGUAAGCCACUACAUGCAUGUGAAGUCAGAACUUGGAGUCUGUAUUGAUAAUCUUUCUGGUAAAUGUAAACCUGAAAUCUCGAGAAUAUGGAUAAAAUAUUCAGUCUCGCUGUGACCAGAAAUGGAAGCGAUCGAAUUAAAACGAGUGACACACGUGCUAUCAAGUGUCAAGAACAAGAGGCUUGUACUCGGCUGAUGUCUUUCAUGUGCAGCCCUGAUUUUGUGCAAUAAAAGCCUGAAAUCAGAUCUGUUCAUGGCUGUAGUGUCUGAUCUGAUAAAAGGAUGACCUCUCUGAACUGUCCCUCUUACCGUAAGCAGGUGAGUCAUAAAAGGAAUCAAUAACUUGUUAUUGUCGUGUUUCAAAAGGCUGACAUGAACGUACUAUAUGUUUCCUCUGCAGAGAAACUCAUCAUGUUUUCCGUCUUCUUUUUCCUCUCUCAGUGCGGAUUACAGCCAUGCGUUCACAAGCCAGCCCAAGAUCCCCCGCACACCAGACACAGCAGCCAGCCAGAACAGUACGAACCGGGCGCGAGGUCUGACUCUGGCACCCCAGUUCUCCCAGUCAGAGCCACAACAGAGCAGCCGACCGAACUCUGCCAACUCCACAGAAGGAGGAGAACGACGACAAAGUGGAAGUAAGAAUAAAGCCUCAAACCAGUGUGGCGAAUAUCAACUCUGUCUGGUUUCUCUGUCUGUUCUUUGUGUCGCUUUGGAAGAUAAGCAGCAGGGAUUUGGCGGACUAGUUCCUUUCAUAAAUCAAAUUGAGCUUGGAACCACGAUUUUAUUUUUUUUACACAUAAUAUUUCCAGAACACAGUGGUACUAGUUAAUUAGGAGUCUAUUUCUACUAGUUUCUCUCUUCCCUCGUCAGAAUAGGACAUGAACCUGCACCAUGAGCUCACUCUAAUUAAGCUAUCAGGUUUUGAUGUUCACCUUUCCCUCCCUGUUUCUCACCAAUUCAGCAUCUUCCAAGAAAUUAUUAUUUUCCUGCUCCUUACAAACAGGUUUUUCCAGAACUAGUUCUCCUGAAAACAAAAGCCGACUCACAAUAACCCAGAGCAUGACAAAGGUGGAAUUUGUUGUAAGAUGACUAGUCAUGCUCCCGUUUCCCUCAAGCUCACGUCUUGAGUUACUCUUACUCGUAACUAAACCUGCCAUUUUCUUGUUUUGAAGCUGUUACAUAACAGCGUUUAUAUUUUAGAUUUUGAAGUUAGUGAAUUUUGGUGCAGGUUAUUCUUGCUUUAUAUCAUAGACUGUAUAUAAGAUGGACAGCCUGGUUCUGCCUUCCGCCUGUAUACGGAGUUGAAGCCAAAAAGCUCUCGGUAAUUCCGGGUUUUUCUCCACUUCCAUGAAACCAGAGCUGUACAGUAGCGUUGUACGCAGACGUUUUUGGCUGGGCGGGAGACUCGGAGCGAUGACGCUCCGCUCAAAAAGUGUGAAAUGUGUCAGCGGUCAUGUCACAUGUCGGUUAACACAGUUUACUGCAGAACAACUCAUUUUUCCAAUGCAACAAAAGAGAAAAACGAUGGAAAAAUUUAAUCCUCUUCUCCGCUAGCAAACCCGAUUGGUCUUGACGAUGAACGAAAAAGAGCGACGCACAAGCAGCAAGUGCAAAGUGUAGAGAAUGACGCACUUUCCUGUUUUUAUAACUCCUAAUAACUUUUUUAAAUGGAGCUGCAGAGAGAAAAAAAGACCUGAACACAAACCAGUCAAAUAAUAACUACAUGUCAACAUCGCAGUCGGGGGUGAGAAAAGUGUAUUUUCUGUGAAAUUAAUUUCUAAAGGCCGUCCGCCGCUCCAUUAACUUUGCUGGCAGAAGUGGGGUUUAUGACUUGUACUGCAGCCAGGCUCUAGGGGGUGCUGUUCUCGGAGUGGCUUCACCCGGCGAGGAGACAGACGGCGUCCAUCUUAUAUACAGUCUAUGGUUUAUAUGCCCUAACUUGGACAUGCCAUGAGUUUUUGAAGCAUUUGAAGCUGAGAUGUUAAAUUGAUUGGGAUUUGACUCUUUCGACCGAGCUGGUUCAUGUCUCAUGCCAACAAUUUUCUUAUUUGUUGUUUUCCUACAGGCCCAUAGCCCUUCAGCCCAUCCCAAACCCUGAGCACAUACUCAUUUUCUGUCUGCUUCACAUCUUAAGCAUAUAACUUGAGCCUCUGCUGGGAAGAUGACCGGAUCAGAUGCUCUGGUGCUCUUAGUUGGAAGAUAAAAUCUCUUCAUGCUGUCAUACAUCUUAAUUGCAUUUGAUGAGUAACUACCUCAGGCUUUUCCUCCAGCUGCCCUUACCAUCAAUUUAAAACAGAAACCUAAUGGUCAGUUCAAGACACCACUUCCUUUGGUGUGGGUUGUACUUUUGAAAUCUAGCAAGUGUUUUAAACAUCUAUUGAAUCAGGAAGUCGUGUUAUUUUUUUUUUCUUCUUUUGCUUUUAAUGUAAUUAUUUAAUAUUUGUUAGCUUGAUUGCUUUUUCUUGAGCCUCUUUUUUCAUUUGUUUUCACUGGAAGGAAGCUUCUGCUGACUGUCAACGAUAUUAUGUCAAAUGACUGCGGUUGCAGAGAGAGAAAACAAACCACACACUGAGACAGGAUCCUCUUUUGGCCCACUUUUAGUAAACACAUCCGCUGUAACUGACAGAGACGCUCCUUUGAGUGAGGAAAGAUAGAGGAGCUGUUUUUGUACCUGACCUCCUCUUACUUGGACAACAAAACAAGCUGGGAAGCCGCUGCUGCCUCUCCAUGUUGAGAGGAUGGAAAAAGCUGCAUUAUCCCACUCAAGUCAUGUUGACAAGGUGGAAUUUGCGCGAUGAGAGAUCCCUGUUAGGUUGCCAUGCAGCUAGAGAAAGCUGAGGAAGUGCAGCAGUUAGGACUGUCGUUCUGGCUCUGAAUGAUAAAUGGGAUAAGGAAAUCAGAUUUGUCCUCUCUCACACACAGGACUGAAAGACUAACCCACCAAGAUUUAAAACUAAAGCUCUUUAAAUAGUUUCUUGACUAGACUUUUAGUCUAUUUUUGGUUUAAGCCAAAUUGGCCCUGAUUGAACAUGUUUUAAUAAGAAUAAGAAUAACUUUAUUAAUCCCUGAAGAGAAAUUCAGUUGUCUGUCGUCUCAUUUGUCACGUCUCUAAAAGUCAUCUUCUAUUUACAGAAGAGUUGUAAAGCCUGAUGGCUGUGGGUACAAAAGAUCUUCUGAGAGGAGAGAGAGAGGAGCCGUCCACCACCAUUGGCCCUUUGGUCCAUCUAGGUGUUGUGAAGUGGGUGAUCCAUGUUCUUGAGAAUAGUCUCCACCUUCCUCAGUGUAGAUCUCUCCACCACAUCCUCCACUGAGUCCAGCUUGAGUCCAUCCACAGAGCCAGCCUUUUUCACCCGUUUGUUCAGACGUCUUGCAUCUUUAUGUUUGAUGCUUCCUCCCCAGCAGACUGCAGCGUAGAACAGAACACUGUAGACACCACAGACUGAUAUAACAUCUGCAGCAUCUUACUACAGAUGUCUAUUGAUCAGAGUCUUCUCAGGCAAAAGAGGCGGCUCUGCCCCUUUCUGUAGAUGAAGUCUAUAUUCUUAGACCAGUCCAACUUAUUAUCCAGAUGUACACCUAGGUAUUUAUAUGAUGUCACCACUUCGAUGUCCACUCCACAGGUGUUCACUGUCUGAAAAAGGGGGUUUGGAUCUACGGAAGUCUAUGACCAUCUCCUUUGUCUUUGAGGUGUUGAGGAGGAGGCAGUUUUUGGGACUCCAGUCACUGAAGGCUCUUAUCAGAUCUCUGUAUCCAGCUUCUUGUCCAUUUCUGAUACAUGCCACGAUAGCGGUGUCAUCUGAGUAUUUCUGGAUGUGGCAGGACUCAGUGCUGUGUUUGAAGUCUGACGUGUACAGUGUGAACAGGAAUGGCGCCAGCACUGUCCCUUGUGGAGCCCCUGUACUGCUCAUUAAUGUCCCAGAAACACAAACUGUGUCCUUCCUGUAAGGUAAUCUGGGAUCCAGGAAAUGUUCUUUGUCACCAUCUUUAAAAGCUUUCUUUUUCUAGUUAAGGAUUGCUUUUAUGUCUGUUGUGAUCCAGGGUUUGUUGUUGGGGAAACAACGAACAGUCUUUGUCGGUAUAACUGUGUCUCUACAGAAGUUGAUGUAUUCAGUAAAGCAGUCAACCUGUCCGUCAAUGUUCAUACUAUUCAGUUAUGAUCUGACUUGCCCAGUGGUGCUAAGGCAGUGGCUCUGUAGGCUUCUUUGACGUUGGCAUACAGCAGGUUCAGGGUUUUGUUCUCUCUGGUAGGACAGUUCACAAACUGUGUGAAUCCAGUCAGGUGAGAGGAGAGGGUGACAUGGUUGGAGUCUCCUGAUAUUAUUAUUAGCGCCUCAGGGUGUUGAGUCUGUAGCCUGGCAACACUAUUAUGCAAAAGAUAGCAUGGAAUUUCUGCAGUUGAUUUGGGUGGGAUGUAAACACCUAUUGUUAUGUCGCCUGUUUACUGAAGGUAAGUUAAAUUCAUGUGCCAUGAUAUUCAAAAUUUCUGGAGCUGACAUUGUUUGGAAAAGUGAAAAGGUCUGCAUACCUUAACGAUCCCAGAUUUAAGGUCUACCUAUACUAAACAAGAAUUUUGCUCAUUCCAGCUUUACCUUCAUGUCAGGAUGACACGCUGAGUUUGGCACUGAAAGUCAGUAUUUUUAAUUUCUCUUGAAUAGAAUUUAUUUCUCUGUGUUCACCUGCAGUCUCACUUUGUAUCAUGAAUACACAAGCUUGAAUUUGCGACAUUGCAGCUAGUUAAAAAACCUUGAUUUGGACAUUUGAAUUCUUAUUUUUCAUAUUCAGUAUUUUUGAAGGGGUAAAAGACUAAAUAAGAUUUAAAAGACAUAGUUGAUCAUAAAAUAUAUCAUCAGAUGUAAAUUUCUGUUCCAAAGAGGUCAUGUUUAUCUGCUUGGAACUUUCUAAUAUUUGCUUUCAUGUUAACCAUCUUUUUCAAACCCACUCCCUUGCUUUCCCAAUCCUGUCCCCUCCCUCAUCUCUCUCACCUCCUUUAGGCAGCCAGUCGAAGAGGAGGUGAAGAGGGAGCUGUCACCAUGGAGUAGCACUAUCUCCCCUGGAGCAUCAGGCUUCCUGUAACAUCAUCCCUCCGGGUUGCGAACAGGGUCAGAGUGACAGAGAUGGUCGAGGAUCUGUGGCAAGAGGAGGAGGAGGGGGUCGAACAAUGUGAAGGAUUGUCUACAUUUUUGCACCCCCCUCCUUCUGCUCCAGCGUGGACUUCUUUUGCAACAUGAUCAGAGGUCGGACAAUAAUCACAACUACCAGGUGAUAGAUGACAUGCCUAAAUAUGUGCAACAACCUCCAGGCUAGACGACUACAUGUAAGAUGCACAUAUUCAGUUUAUGACAAGCAAGUUUUUUUGUUUUUGUGGGGUUUUUUUGGCAGAAACUCAAAACUUUAAAUUUUCUUUACUUCUUUUGGAACAAGCAGAGUCAUAUACCUGUUUCUUCUUUCAUACCUGGAUAUAAGCUUAAAGUCGGGGCUCAAGCACACUUUGAAAAUUAUGUUUUGAUUAUAUAAUGAGUAAAAUAAUAGAUUGUGUAGGCAGGCUUUUUUCCUCUCUAUAUUGUUUGAAUAGAUAAUAAAAAAGGGACUCCUAUCUCAUUACUGUAAAUUCAUAUCUGUCUGACUUUUAAUAUGUCCUGUAUAAAUAAUGACCUGGGUGGAAAAUAUCCGUCCACAAGACUUGUACCAGCAACACAUCAAAUACUAAAUAUUAACGCAUAUCAGAGUAGCUGCUCUUGUUGUUUACAAAAAGACCCAGGUCUUGACUUAAGCUUUCAGGCUAGUGCAUGUUUGUAAAAGUCUUUAAGAACUGAUGCUUGUCAACUGUGUGUACUACCAUCCAAAUAACUUGAAUUUGUGGGCAUGUCUUAAAACCAGCAUUGAUUGCAUUGUACAUUUGCACAGUUUUAGAGGUGUGUUGAUGUCCUUUAUAUUUAUGUCAAGUGAUUCUAUUUUGUUGUGAUUGAUUUUGAUACACUAAAGUGUUUUUGAUUAAAUAUGUGACGUUUCACCUGAUUUCUGUCGCACAAAUGGUCAGUUAUUAAACGUCUCUUCUAGAUGACAAGCUGAAGGAUUGCUGCUUUCUACAUCACAUCUGAGAGCUGCAGCUUGGUCUUGAAUCUCAGAUCACCUCUCAUUACAUGACUAUUACCCAUCAGUGGCCAUAUUGUGCCAACACAAUGUUGUGUGCUCGCUUUUGUGCCGUGCCGUGCUGCUCUGCACGAAGAGAAAACUCUUUGUGUUCACUUUAUCGAGAUGUCAGGAAAAUAUCCACUCUCAGGUUGUUCUGUAAACUGAAAGCUGAUGCCAUCUCACCUGACAGCUGAAUGCUGACAGAAGACGACGUACUGAGGUCUUAAUUGAUCUUGAUAAAUGGUAACCAAUCAAACGCCUCUCCACUGGACACCAAAAGUCUGACUACUCUGGCUGCGUGUUCGUCCAUGUGCUGGUCAUGUUUUAUGACAGUAUAUGACUCUCUGUUGUGGCUCUGACUGUUUGAACCUGUCAUUUAUUGAUGAGAACAUGAUGUUUACAAGGCCCAGAACAGCAACUUACUCCCUUUCUGUGACGAGUCAGGCUUUUGUUCGCCUUCUAACUUUUUAAAUGUAAAUUAGUACGACUGGAAAGUUUUUAUAGUUCCACUGUGUAAAGCCAGAGACCAAACUUUCAUGGUGUUUUGGUGUAAACCUAUAAACACAGGCACUGAAAACCAAGCAGAGAUAACAGAAUUUCAUUGAACUGUGUUUGUGAAGAUAUUUUGCAUGCUGGAUAGCAGAAAGAGACGUCAGUGGUUGUUUGUGAUAAACUUUUCCUGCUCUGACAAGUCAACAUAUCUUCCAACACACUGAGAGACUUGAAUAAGAACACACACAAACGAUCAGACAACUCCCCUCUGAUAUGCAGUAUAAAGGCUGAUACACAAAGAAAUGAAACAGCUAGUGUCAGCUGAGCGAGUAUUACUGGCUCUCGAAUGUGGUCCCCGAAGAGAUGACAUAUUCAGCAUUUAACAUUGUGCACCCUGUCAGAGAGCUGCAGCACAAUGCGAGGAAACACCCCCCGCAUGACAUGCUGACGCACUUGCAGCCAGGUGGCCGUGUAACCCUGAGCUCCAGCCACACUGGUGCUGUCCAGCUGUAAGGGCGACAGAGAGGAAGCUGCUGCUUUCUAUCAAAACAAGAAAGUGGAUAAAGAGUUAGGGAUGGGGCUUCCAGAUAAGGAAAAUAUCAAACAGCUACUGUGGCUUUAUCCAUCACACAGCAGAAAUUCAGAUUGGUUUUGAUGGUUCUGCUUGCUCCAAGUUUAGAAAGUCAUAUUUUACCUUCAGAGUAUUUGGCUUUAACAUUUUUUAAAAGGGUUAUAAAGACAGUUUUUUUUUUAAAUUUAUUGUCUUUGUGAGGUGGAAUGUAAGAGCAGGUGAGCAGGGUUACUGAACAAUAACAACCCGCCCACUAUACUUCAUACAACUGAUCACACGCUUGUUUACUUAAAGCUCCUGUAACAAACUUUUGGUUUGUGUUGAUUUUGGUGCCCCUUGUGGACAGAGCAGUCUUUGCGUAUCUUGUCCUGUAAAUGCUGAAGUUCUGGCUUUUGAUACUAAAAGGUUAAAACAGGGCCCAGUCAAAAUAAAUGUAAAUAGCACCAGUGCUAAGGUAGCAGCAUGCUAACAGGCUACCAAUGAACACAAUACUUUCAGCUCCUCUGUGACUAAAACGUGACACAUUACAGGUAAAUUAAACUCAGCAGUUUACCUGUCCAGCAGAAAGGUGACAGGGUCCGUAAGAUCCUGAAGUGGACCCGGAUUUUUAGCUCUUGUCCAGGGGGUCUACCUCCUUUUGAAAAUCUCAAACAAGAUGUGAAUUCUCAAAAAAAAAAGGAGAAAAUUAAUGAUGCCACAUCAAUAUAAGACAAAAAAUGUCAAAUUAAUGAAAUAUUUGGCAAAAUAUCCCCCACAGAGGCAGAAAAAUGAAAUAUUAGUCCAAAAAUAAGUCCAACAAAAACAGGCCCUCCUCACAGCCUCACAUCUCCUGUGCCACACUCCUCUGCUGAUUGCACUCAGCCCAUGUGCUCUGCUACCUGCAGUGUUAAUCACAGCCUCACAAACUUCAGGUGUGUCCACUCUCACCUGCAGACUGUCUAAGUGAGAGAAGCUGCAGCAAUCACAAAAAGAAGACAGAUCUGAAACCAGAAUUCCCCAAAGGACAAAAAAAAUACACACACACCCCAUACUUAAAGGGGACUGUAAACACCAUAUGCAUUGAAUAAAUGCCUUAAACCAAUAUUAAUGUACACCUUCCUUUAGCCUUCACAAUAAUUGGUGAGAACUCUAUGGCCUCAUAACAAUUUUCUUGCCAAAGGAGGAUUCAGACAAUUUUCUGUACUUUCUGGUUGGUUUCCACUGUCUGAUAUUGUAGCACACUUUGUUUAACUUUGUUUGCAUGUUAUUCGAGGGCGUGGAGCGUGCCUCGCAACCAAUCAGCACUCACAACCAAUCAGCACUAAGGAGCAGUGUCUGCCUCACAACCAAUCAGGCCGGAGAGGUGGAGAAUGGCUUUGUUUACUGUCAGAAUGUGCAAACCGUUAAAAAUUUCAAAAUGCUGACUACACAGACAUAAUAAAACACAGCGAUAUCGCUAUAUUCCCAAAUGUCAUUGAUAACUAAUAACUAUUGACUGGUACUAAAUCUUUUUUGUAUAUACACCACAAAAAAGAUGCUUCUUUAACUUCCUUCCUGCCUACUGUAGUGUGAUAAGAAGUGUAUCAUCAUCAAGCAGGCAAGGUGGAUAAGUCCUGUAGGACAAAGUUGAAGCAGAAACUAAUUUGGACACUUACAACAUGAGGUUGAUUGAUGAGAUGAACUGACACAUUGACUCUACUUGUGAAAAAAGAGCAGUUUUGAUGAUAAAGUUAACCUGGAAAAAUGUUAAUGACCCUGCUCUGGACCUACGGCGAUUAUACUCUACAUACCUGAAUCUCAUCUGUUCAUCUGGUGAGAACAUUUCGUUAUAUGCAAAGAAUAAAACCCACCAACUGAAUUUUCUGCUAUCAGCGAGAGUGUCCUCCACUGUCAUCAGAAUGGCUGGCACCCUUUCAGAUGCGUUUAUCAGCAGACAGACAUGUGCUGCACUGAUAAAAGGUGACGCCAACCAAGAAGAGACACUGUGUUAGUGUCCCUGUCUCCUGACCCUUCUGCUUCCUCUUGGUCAGUCCUUUUGAAGAAGGAGAUAAAAUUGUCCACUGCUGCACUUUAGUAGUAAACACUUGAGAUUGAGUGUCUUUCUAUCCAGGCCAUGUUUGCUAAAGUUUCAUUCUUAAAGGUGUAUUAAAAAAAACUCUAAUAAAACCAACAUUACGUAUUGACAGAGGGCAUUCUUGACAGAACUUUGGAUAUUCUUAUGAGGUUAAAGAGGCGACUAAUCAAACAGACUUUUUCAGAAUUCACCUUUUACAUUUUUGACCUUCUCAGGAAUGUCCUCACAAAGUGUCCGUUAACCUUUAGCAUGAAUACACCUUCACUUUUCCUGUGUACACAAGGACAAAUCAAAGCUACAGGUCUGCGUGUUCUGUUUGACGCAGCAAAUGCCAGAUUCUUGGACAGGGAGGUUGUAAAAGUUUAAUCCCUGUCCAGAUGACAGCUGCAUUGGUUUAUUAGCCAGCGGCGCUAAUUGCUUUCCUCUGCACACUCGGGAUGAGACGUGUGAGCAACAACAACAUUUUUAGACUUUAGCUCGUAAGUGGAGCCCUAAAAACGAAAGUCAGUGUCAACUCAGGAGGGAUCUUGAUGCUUGUUCUGGAGCUUGUGACCACAUCACAUGCUCAUUAUCAGCAGACAGUGUUUACACAGAUGUCGCAGAAUGGUGAUCAUUUAACUUUCUGUUAUUCUAAGCUUUUGGUGACUUUCACAGGUGGUCUGAAAAAAUUAUAAGCCAAGGUCCAAUAACAAAGCUCAGAGAAGUACUUGGAAAUAUGAAGCGAAUGAAAAAGUUCACUUAACUAUACAUUAAAGUUGGCUGCAAAAGCAAGGGAUCCCGAUUAACAUCCGUGUUUUUUUGUUGUUUUUUUUAAGCCCAUUUUUGCAGCAAAAUGUAACGAAAAAAUAUGAGGCUAAUGCAAAAGAGAUAAAACCUGCAGUUCCAAGGGUGUCCACUUGAGGCUGACUCCAGUGCCCUGACAGCAACAUACACUUUAAUUUCAAAAAGGCCAUCAUUACAACAAAAUUAAAAAUGUUUACAGCCUGGUGCAGAAUUUUUUUUUAAUUUAACUACAUACUGUACUGUGGGUGUCAGUUUAGACAAUAUUCAGGUUAGAUGUUUAUUUCUAUACUCUGCUUCAUGCUAAGUAAACCAAAGGUUAGGUGGAGUAUGAUAUUCAAAAUUGGUGACUACCAUCGAUGGGCUUCAUAAUACGACUUCAGAAGCAAAUGGGUGAUGGAUGUCGCUGAUGUUUUAUAAAGUCUGUGGUCUGAAUGCUGCUCUUCCCCAAUCGUGAGAAGUUUAAAUGUGCAGUAUGUGUUGAAUAAUAAUGACAUAUGUAAUCCCCAAAGAUUUUGUUCUUGUAAAAUGAGCAAAGGGAGUUUUAAAAUACUUCUUAUAGAGUAAAACGGCCUGUUCCUUUUUUUGUUUUGUUACUAUUACACAAAAGGGUUUCUGCUUAAAAAAAAUUACAUUAUUGGUUAGACGACAAGCAUUGUGCAAGCUGUGGCCAAGCUCAGUAACUGAAAAACUAUACCAAUGAAGAAGCACAGUUCCUUAAAUAGUCACUUGAAGCUGGCUUCAAAAAGGUGAGAAUCUCCAGACUACCUCAUAAUAUAUUCCAUAUCAAAAUGCCUGAAGCAGUUUGAUAUGUAGCUUAUCGAAGUCACCAAACUCCCUCUAGACUUUCCUUUGCAAUCACCCCCCUGCAGCUUUCUGUGAAGUCAGUUGAGCAACUGAGAAUUGAAGAUGCCAGAGCGGUUUUCGGUUCUCUUAUGUUCAUUUGAAGUGUUUUCAGUCUGUAAUCACCCAGCUAAGACGGUAGCUUUAUUUCUGGUUACAGAGCGAGAAGGUGCCAAUGUAUGCAAAGCUACAGAUGCAAAUUGCAAGUUCUCAAACCAAAUGGUGUUGCUGCCAGUCCAUCUACAUAUGUGACACAGUCAAUAAGGGCUAACCUUGAAAGUUCAUCCUUGACCAUGUAACAGUGGUUGACACAACAACUCUGUUACACACCGUAAAUUAUGGUCAAAACCUUUACAGUUUCCUUUGCAACUAAUUAUAUAACCAACACCACAGCUUUCCAAAAAUAACGUUAUGUAAAUCAUUAAUUUACAUGACCUUGCCUGAAGCACAUCUAAAAAAAUCAGUGAUGUAUUUGAAGCAAAACAGGAAGGUGUGUCAGCACCUUCAAAGCUUUAUUAGACAGCCAAGUAGGAGAACUUAGCAAAGCAUGAAAAAA